AUGUUAACUCCUGAACAUGAAGAACAGCUCAAGAAGCUUAAAGAGCUUCAAGCUUUAUAUGCCGAACAUGCAGCUGCUCAAAAUCAACAAGAUCAUCAAGAUGGAAUUUCUCGUCCAGAAAGUAGGGAUUCUGCUUCUUCCGAUCCUAUGAUCUUUCCUGGCUUGUAUUCUCCAAGUGGUUUUGAUGUAUUGCAAAUUCUGUAUCAAGUUCAACGUCGUCCAAAUCCUACAUAUGCCUUGGGAAAUAUCGAUAGCGGAGUAGCUCUCGUUCUAUGUGAUUCUUCACGUCCACAUUGUCCCAUCGUUUACUGCAGCGAACCAUUCCAGCAUUUAACAGGCUAUUCCCAAUCGGAAAUUAUUGGCAAGAAUUGCAGAUUCCUUCAAAAUCCAUACGAUCCCAAGACGUUCGAAAUUCUCGGUAAUGCUCCUACGACCAAGGGUCUUCAAAAUCCUACAAAUGAUCCAAAUUCCAAGGCGAAAUCAACAAUUCGAAAAGCUUUGGAAUGUAACUUGGAAGCUCAGGUUACUCUUAUUAAUUAUCGAAAGAAUGGAGAGAGAUUUCUUAAUGUUUUGACGACGGUUCCCGUUAAAUGGAGGACAAUGGAGGGAGAGGAAAAGAAUUACAUUGUUGGAUUUCAAGCCGUGGCUCCUCCUAUGUUUCGAACUUCAUCUUCUUGA